AUAAUAUUAUGGUCAUUAAAUUUUGGGGAAACGCAUCCUUGACGUAACGUCUCGUCAGCUUCACCAGUCCCUGACCUUGAACCUCCUACGGUAGACCCUUUCAACCUCCUUUUCACAAUUAUCUUCACGAACUCUGCACCUGAUUUUCUCUUACGACAAAGCAGAGCAAAACAGAAAGACAGAUACGCUCUUCAUUUGAUGCUCCAGCAAUGGCUUCACCAAAACCGUCUGCCUACCAAGCCGAAAAACUCGACGACGACGAUGUCCAUCAGCCUCCAUCCCUAUCACCGACCCCGCCAAGUCCUGGCCUGGUACUUUUACCGAGAGAAAUUUUCAUAGCGUCCAUAUAUCCUUUAACCCUUAUAGCUGGGUCAGCCGUCUCGGUGUUCUCGCCUUCGUCAGCAUCGACAAACUUCCACUUCUCCCACAAACGCAACCCCCUCAACGUCUUCUUCGUCAAGUAUGGAUGGCUGUGGACUACUCUGGUCUUUCUAAUACAUACCAGCCGCCUUCGGUCUUCGCUAAGAGUAAAAGCGCUAUUACGAUAUGCUUUUGCAACUAUUUGGUGGAUUUUAGUUACCCAGUGGUUUUUCGGGCCACCGAUAAUGGAUCUACUGUUUUGGUUCACGGGGGGUGAAUGUCAGCUGGUUGACACCGACCCCAUGCGUACGAAGGAGGAGAUGGGCCCUGUUCAGAUGGUCUUCAGCAGCGCUGCCUGUAAGGUUGCGGGUGGGAAGUGGAGCGGUGGUCAUGAUCUUAGUGGUCAUGCAUUUCUGCUUACUCAUGCUAGCUUGUUUUUGUGGAGUGAGUUGAGCUGCUCGGGAGUUGCUGGGUGGGAAAGCGCAGGGGUUUUGGCACUACUGGUAAUGUGGUGGUGGAUGCUGUUGAUGACGGGCAUAUAUUUCCACACAUGGCUAGAGAAGAUAACUGGCUGGAUCGCCGCAAUGUUAUAUGCGUGGGCACUGAGGUCGUACCCCACUGUCUGGAGCACUCUUGGAGUUCCGGGUGUCUAAUUUUGUUUGCCUGCUGUGGUUAAUGGUUUUGCUGUUGAUGGUGGUUACGGAAGGGUAGACAAAGCACUUUUCAGUUAUUAAUGCGCCUUUUAUUUGUUUGUUUUUUUCAUUGUUUUUUUUCUUCUUCACUGGUGUAUCUUUGUGUUUCUAAUUAUGUAGCCAAGUGCUAUGUUUUUCCUCGGGUACCCUGCUCCUAUACGGGUCAGGAGGGCCCGGACUGUACAUGUAGAUAUCAUAAGAAUAAAUAUGCUAAGUCUCUAGA